AUGUUGCACAGAAGGAGGAGGGCGCUGGAACUUGUUCUGCUGAUCCUUCUUGCCAAUAUCCUGAGCCAAGGCGUCUCCAAGAAAUCCAAGGCCAAGGGAAAGCAGAUUAACUUGGCCUGCCCGGGACUGAGCAAGAGAGAUCAUUCGGACCUGGAGAAGCUACUUCUCCAUGCUUCAAGGCUCUUGAACUCUGACGUCGCAGGAGCGAAAUCCUGUCUCCAAGUAGCUCUGCAGCAGGCUCCUAACGACAUGAGCCGAGCUCAAGUCCUCUACAACCUUGCCAUCGUGACGAGGCAGGCGGGAGACAUCCAACAAGCGCUCAAGUACAUCGAGAGUGCGUCUUCUGACGCCAUAGAGCAGUGGUUUCAAGGCGCCUUGAUCCGCGGGGUGAUUCAGCUUGAAAGCAACCAUGUUCAGACCUCCUUGUACAGCUUCGCCGUCGCUAAGCGCCUCCAGCCAACGUCUGUCGCCGUCUAUCGCAACCUUGCGCAGGCAUACUACAACCUCGGAGAGCCUCUGCAGGCCCGCGAGGUGUGGGAGGAGGGCAUCGUGGCUCUGCUGGAGCAGGAGGAGUGCGCUGAAGGAUUUUUCAACCUCGGCCUUCUGCUGCGCGAGCAAGGCAGCCACUUCCGGAAACAGUCGGAGAUGAACUACAAGGCAGCCAUCCGGCUGGAUCCGACGUCAUCGCGGUACAGGUACAGCUACGGGAACCUGCUCUUCGAUGAGAGGAGGAUGGAUGAGGCGAUCGCCAUGUUCAGCUCCGCGAUCCGCAUCGAUCCUUCGUUGGAAGAUGCUCGAAACAAUCUAGGCAACGCUCUGAGACAGUCUGGAUGGUUGAGAGAGGUGCUCGCAAAGUGUUUGAAACUGGCUUGCAACUCAGUCCAACAAACUGUGUUUCAAGAUUUAGGAAUGCUCGAUGAAACAAGACGUGUGGCCGAUGCAGCAUACAAGAUCAAUCCACGGAUUGUCGAAGCCAGCAUUCUUCGUGGCAGUGUCGAUUACGCAAAAGGAUUUAUGCGUGAAGCCAUCGAGAGGUACAAAGAAGCGUUGAAACUGGACCCUACAUCACAGCAGACAUUGCUGAAUCUUGGGAACACCUACGGGGAUUUAUAUCGUCAGCUUGAAGCACGGGUAACGAAUCAGAACAGCGAGGCUCGUAAGGAGAUGAGAGAACUGCAGAAUUCUUGCAUCCAGGUCUACAAGAAAAUGCUAGUCCUCGAUCCCAUCGACGCGCAAGCGUUCUUGAACAUGGUGUGGGCACAGAAGUAUGCAUGUGAAUGGGCUAAUUGGGAGGAAAAUUUGAGAAGAAUCGAGGAAAUGGCCAGGAUGCAGAUCAAGCAAGGCAAGCCUCCAUCGCUGAAGCCCUUCCUCGCGCUGGCCUUUCCCAUCUCUCCUACCUUAUACCUCGACAUCGCCCGAGCACAUGCCCAGGAAGAGCAGAAGAACACAAACCCGCUGAGAAGAAUUCUGGGAGCUCUGGAUCAUUCUCAUCAACUCCUGAAGCCUGCCGGGAAGGGAAAGAGCAGCAAGCUCAGAAUUGCCUACAUGAGUACAGACCUCGGGGACCAUCCUGUUGGGCAUCAAGCAUGGUUCUCGCUACAUGAUCAGAAGCGUUUCGAUGUCAUCCUCUUAGCCCUCAGCAGAAACGAUGGAAGUGAAUGGUGGAGGAAAAACUCUGCAAUGGUGCCGGACGGAAACUUUUUUGAACUUGGGAAACUUGGCCAUGAGAUCUCUUGUUCCGAUCUCACGCGCAAGAUCAACAAGCUGGGUGUGCAUGUGUUGAUAACCUUGAACGGAUGGACAUCUGGCCAUCAGAUGGAUGUGCUGUCCUUGAAGCCGGCGCCCAUCCAGGUCGAGUACAUGGGGAGCCAUGAUUCGACAGGAGCAACGUACAUCGACCUUUUCGUUUCAGACAGAGUCGCUACUCCGCCGGAGUUCUACAAUCACUUCACGGAGAGGAUUCUUAGUACUCCAGACACCUUCUUCAUGAACGAGUACAAGCAGAGCAGAGCACAUGUACCAGACCUUGCCGACGCUGUUUAUUCCGAUGUGGAGAAGCUGAGGAGAGAUGACGACUUGUCGGAAUCUUACCGGAACAUAGAUCGGACAUCGCAUGAUGCUUACCUGUGGUUGCUCCGACUGCCUUCCACUGCCGAGUACAACCUGCGCAAAGAAGCGGAUGUUUAUGGCGAGCAGGUUGCAUCUCGCAUCUUGUUCUCUGACAGGAUCGAUUGGAGUUCACACCUUGUGAUCAAGUCUCUCGCAAAUCUCUCCCUCGACAACCCUGUCUUCAACUCUCACACCUCGGCCGUUGACAUCUUGUGGGAUGAAUACGAGGCGCUUGCAAGGCGUUUGAUUGCGGGAGAAGGAAGAAAAGCUCUCCACAAUCUCCGUCAGACACUGCAGGCGAGGAGGAGGGAGGCAGCAUCCUUUGACACACAGAAACUCGUGCUCAACUUCGAGCGAGGCUUGAAGAUCGGAUGGGAUCUGUUAGACAGCGGCCUCUCUUAUCAUAUUCAUGUUAACUAG